ACAGUCCGGUUUACAGACAUGAGCUACUGAAGCAAGCUAAAUGCUAAACUAUUUUUUCUAAAGAAAUUGGAUGACUAGACAUUUCUGCACUGAAGAAGGCCUAUAUUUCUGUGGCAAAAACAACCUCCCAAUGGAAGUAGUGGGGUCCUCCGUUAAAGCGGACCAGGGGGCUCAUCUGCUCCAGCAGCUGGACAGGAUGAGGACCUGUGAGGAGCUCAUAGAUGUGAUUCUGGUGGCGGAGGGAAUACCUUUUCCUUGCCACAGGGUGGUGCUGUCCGCCUUUAGUCCAUACUUCCAGGCCAUGUUUACGUGUGGUCUGAAGGAGACACGUGAAGGGGAGAUACCUCUGAGAGACACUCCUGCCCAGAGUCUGGACCUUCUGCUGGGGUUCAUGUAUCGGGCCGAACUCCCUCUGAACAACGACAACAUCCAGGGAGUGGCCGCUGCUGCCUUCCUGCUUCAUGUAGAUGGAGCAUUUAGGUUAUGUCAAAACCACAUGGAGGCGCGGAUGGACCCCUCCAAUGUAAUUGGGCUGUACCACUGGUCCAGGGAUCUGGGGGCUACAAGUUUGGCUGACCUAGCCCUAAGGUUUCUAUGUCAGCACUUUACACAGGUGUGUGAAGAGGAGGAAGUGUUGGAAUUAGAUGCACAGCGCCUGGGGGACCUGCUGGCCUCAGACGACCUGAAUGUGGCCCAGGAGGAGGUGGUGCUGGAGCUGGUGUUGCGCUGGGUGGAGAGGCACAGAGGGAGCGCUGAGUGUGAGGCCCAGGCCACAGAGCUCCUCCGACGGGUCCGGCUGGAGCUGGUGGAUCCAGGGUUCCUCCGAAAGGCCAGAAGACGAAACCCUGUUUUGUUGCGAGACACUGAGUGCUUUGGGAUGAUUGAUGCCGCUCUCCAAACCACAGAGACCUCGGCUCCGCUUCGACCAGUGUUGCGUUACGGGAUGGAGACCACAGAUCUGCUGCUCUGUUUGGGGGGCAUAGAUGAGGAUGGGAUUCCUGCACGACGCGGAGGCCGAGGUGAUCUUAGUUUCUGUUUUGCACCACAAAAUAAGAAGACUUUCUACAUCCCCUCUCCACUAAGGGCCUCCAUGGGCACGGGGCAAAUCACAGCUGGAGCGGUCACUAGAGAUAACAAAAUUGUUGUUGCCAUUGAAGUAGAAGACGAUCACAGAAUGAAACAACUGGACAUCUACGGGUACGACAGCUCGGAGGACAGCUGCUGGCCCCUCUUAUGUUCAGCUCUGCAUAGAGACAUGUAUGCUCUCGGUGUUAUUGGCGAGGCACUUUAUUUGAUUGGAGGUCAGAUGAAGAGGCGUAGCCAGUACAUUAUAACAGACAGUGUGGAGAGGUGGUCUUUGAAGAGGGGUGGCAGCUGGCUCAGUUUUGCCCCUCUGCCCCUGCCCCUGGCCUGCCACUGUGUUGUCAGUCUGAAAGAACACCUGUAUGUGCUUGGAGGGUGGACACCACAGGAGAAGCCAGAUGAGGAGCCAGACAAGUUGAGUAAUGGCGUGUUUCAGUUUGACCCGGGGAAGGACAGGUGGAAAGAUUGUGCCCAGAUGAAGUACUCUAGAUAUCGCUGCGGCUCUGCAGUGCUAAAUGGGGAGAUAUACAUACUAGGGGGUAUAGGGUGUGUUGGAGAGGACCGUGGACAAUCACGCCGCUGCCUCAGUUCUGUGGAGAUCUAUAAUCCAGACACAGACACCUGGAGAGAAGGACCCACCCUGCCCACGCCGCUUCUCUCCCUCCGAUCCAAUGCAUCCAAUUUCGGGGUAGUGGAUAACAAGCUGUACCUCUGUGGAUACUACAAGGAAGUCGGCCGUCAUGAGAUCAUCACAAAGGAGAUUCUGCAUCUGGAUCCCGUUGACAAUGUUUGGACCGUAGUGGAGAGGAGAGCAGCAAUGCAUGACAGUUAUGACGUGUGUCUAGUGGCUAACUUGAAUCCUCGAGACCUCUACACACCUUGAGAAAACACAGACUGAACAAAUUAUUGUGUUUUAUAUUUCCAGUAAUUACGUUUAUUUAAGAAAAAAAAAAAAAAAUCACAGUUAAGUCAAGUUAACAAUUGUUUGAUAUUACUAAUAUACUUCAUAUUUUAAUAACACAACCAGUAUAAUGUCUUCAUAUAAAUGGUUUACAGUCAGGGUGUGAAUAAUUUACUGUAUCUGCCAUUAUGAUGGAUGGAUGGAUUGAUUUAUAUGAUUAUAGUGUCCUGCAGCCUGCAAUCCAAAUUGCUACAGAC